GCUCUUUGCUGUGGAAUAUACUGCCGGUUCCAGGGAAGGGGAGCGAUACUGUCCUGACACUUGAGCUCUUCUGUUUGCCCCUGCCCUGGGGGAAAAGACUUUGAGACGAUGGAGAACCAGAGGGGAGCGCUCUUGGGAUACAUCCACUGGGAAGGAGAAGAGGAAGGGGAUGAGGAGGAUGGGGUGGCUCCUGCUGCUUCCCCGUCCAGCCAAGCGAGCGAAUUGGAAGAUGUGCAGGUGGAGAUGCUCGAGAAGGCAAGGGAGCUCUUCCAGCUGUGUGACAAGGACGAGAAGGGUUUUAUCACCAAAGUGGACAUGCAGCGGCUCCAGAGUGAACUCCCCCUAACCCUUGAACAGCUGGAGACUGUUUUUGACAGCUUGGAACAGAACAAUAAUGGAUACUUGACGCCUGUGGAGUUCAGCAUGGGACUAGGAAAGUUAAUAGGGAUUGAAUUGUGUAAACGGGCUGGGAGAAUGGAUCACUCCAGACAUGAGGAGACCUUCGAGUCAGGCUGGUCAGAUGACUUGGACCCAGCAGAUGAUGAUGAAGAGAAACGAUUCUGUUCCAUGAUGGAGCAGCUUGGAGCAACCCACAUGUUUGAAGAUCCACGUGAGAUUCGGGAGCUCUGGGCUCGGCUACGAAAGGAGCGUCCGGAGCUCUUAUCCAAUUUUGAAGAGUUUCUGUUGCGUGUUUCAUCAUACAUAAGGGAGGUCAAUCAUGAGAAGGAGUCUAUGGAACAGGCAUUGAAGCGGAAGGAGACAGACCAUGACCGAGAAGUCAGGUGCCUUUAUGAAGAAAUGGAGCAACAGAUCAAAGCAGAACGGGAGAGGUUGAUCUGCCAGGAAGCACUGAGACAUGACAGGAGUAACCUGCUCCAGAAGGAACUGCGCAGCAAAGAACAGGAGCUGGAGAAAAUCCUCUACCGCCAGAAGAAGCUGGAACAUCAGCUACAGUCUCUGAACUCAGAGCAGCUGGAAACCCGUGUGCAGAAUGAAAGGCUCCGGCACCUGAAUGAAAACCUGCUGGAAGAGCUGGAGAAAAGCAAGUGGGAGCUGGAGGCGGUGAAGGGGCAAUUACAGAAGCUCCAGAAGGAGGCCCAGCUUGAGCAAGAACAGAAGGACAGGGAUGUGUUUAGAGUCUCCAAGAACAUGCAGAAAGAGAAACAAAGCCUCCUUCGGCAGCUGGAGCUCCUCAGAGAGAUGAACAAGAAACUUCGAGAUGAGCGAGACGCUUUUGAAGCCAAGAAGCUGGCGACUCAGAGCAAAAAGCCCCUGUUGAAGAAAGGGUCAGUGCUAGGCAGUUACCUGCUGGACGACAAGCCAGUCAAACGACAGCUGUCCUCUGCGGACCUUCCCUUCGCUUUCCUGGUGGAUGUGGCAGCGGAAGAACCCAGCAGAAAGAACUGUAAAUACUUCCCAGGCAACGCGACAUGGCUGAAGACAGGAGAAGGAGGCAGCACCAGCUUCGAAGAGAAGAGCAGAGACAAAGAGAGAUGGUCAUUGGCAGCAGAUGCUGAGUGGUUGAAGAUGACUUUGAUGGGUGAUGCUGACUGUAGAAAAAAUGCAGAUGGAUUAGAUGAUGCUCCAUUGCCUCCUAGAGGACAGCCUGUUGGCACUGAAACCAGGCUCCAGGCACUAGAACCAGCCAGCUGUUCCCCAGACCGCAUCUUUAAAGUGGUGUUUGUAGGGAACUCCGGUGUUGGGAAGAGUUCCUUCAUCCACCGCUUCUGCUAUGACAGGUUCUUGGCUGACCUCAAUGCAACCAUUGGUAUUGAUUACCAGGUGAAGAGUCUGAUGGUGGAUAACACCCAGGUUGCCUUACAGCUGUGGGAUACAGCUGGACAAGAAAGGUUUCGGAGCAUUACCAAGCAGUAUUUCCGGAAGGCGGACGGGAUUCUGGUGAUGUACGACAUUACGGCUGAGUGCUCCUUCACGGCGGUGCGGAAUUGGAUGAGCAGCGUCCAGGAAGGUAUCGAGGAUGGAGCUGUGGUCUUUCUGCUUGGAAAUAAAACGGACGCUGCGCAGAGAGAGACACAGAAUGUGCCCAAGGUGGAGGGGGAAAGGCUGGCGAAGGAAUACAAGGCUGUCUUCUACGAGUGCAGCGCGAUGACUGGCUAUAACAUCAUGGAGCCCAUGCUGCACAUGGCCAGGUUGCUGACAGCACAAGAAGACAGGCAGAGGGAGAGUGCCCUGCAGCUGGAAGAUGUCAGCAGGAGGAAAGGGUGCUGCACAUAA